AUGGCUAAGGCAGGCGCAGGCGAAUUGCAAGCUGAUGAGGAUGAAGGUGGAUUGAUGAUUGAAGGGGUGCCGUCUCAUGCUUGGACCAGGGACACGGCGGUGAAACUUCUGGGCAGUUCGUGUAUGAUCGAUAGCUUGGCGCCCGAAACAGAGAGCAGAGAGGAUCUGUCGCUAUUCAAACUCAAGGCCUGGUGUGUGGAUCCACAGGAGGUGCCAGUGUUUCGCCGUCUCUGGGUGCUGGAGCCGCCACCGGCGAGUGCGAACCCUGCGGAGCGACGGAAAACAUUCUGGCAAUUGCUUGAGUAUCCCACGUUCAUCCAUGUUGGCAGAGUGUGGGACUUCACACCACCGGAGCUUUGGGGAUGA